AUGCCCUGGGUGAAUGGCAAAAUUCCUUCAGUAAAGUCAGGUCAAACUCUUAGAGCAGCUGCGAAUUGGAGAGUGAAGGAUUUUAUCAAUAGGGAGACUCAAACUUGGGAUGCGGGGAAAGUAAGGGUAUGUUUCGACUGGAAUAGUGCUAAGGAGAUCCUGUCCAUGGAACUUCCUCAAUCUACUGAGGAAGAAGACUUCCUCUAUUGGAAUUAUCAUCAGUCUGGGAGGUACACUGUUAAAACUGGGUACUAUUAUCUUUCAAAGUAUUUGGGAUUAGAAGGAUCCACUUUUCUAGCAAGGGAUCAUGAUUUUGUAAAGCUGGUCUGGAGAUUGAACAUUCAGCCAAAAUGGAAGUUGUUCCUUUGGAGACUUUUUCAUGAUGGUAUUGCAGUUAAAGAUAAUCUGGCUAGAAGGGGAAUACAAGUGGAUGCAAUUUGUGAUCCUUGCGGGGUAGGCUUGGAAGACAGCCAACACCUCUUCAGGUUCUGUACUCUGGCAAAGGAAGUUUGGGAGAAUGGCUCCCUAACUAUUUGCCCUGACUUUCCUGGGUUCAACUCAUUGAAAAGAUGGAUCCAGCACUAUAUCCUGCUGUUUAAUAGCGAGGAUGGUAAGCAUAGCAAUCGUUGCACCGUGUUUAUUGCAACACUGUGGGGUCUUUGGAAAUCUAGGAACGCUAGAUGUUUCAAGGGUUCUACAGAGACGAUAAGUUCAGUAAGGGAAUUUAUUAAUCUUGCCAUGAAUGAUCAUGAAAUUUUUAAUCUUCAAGCAAGCCCAACUCCGGAUUUGGAGGUUUCUGACCGGGGAAAUCCGACUUUUCCUCCGGGGUUUUAUCACGUGCAUCUGGGAAAGGAUAAAAGUGGUUAUGAUGAUUUCACUGUGGAAGCCGAUGGUUCCUGGGAUAAGAAGACUAGAAGGGCAGGGAUAGGUUGGGAAGUUAAGAGUAUUCAACAGGGCAAUGUAAUGGACGAGGGUGGAAAGCAUGGAGUGGCCGCUUCAGCAAUUCAAUGUGAAGCUUGGGCUUGCCUAGAGGCAAUGAAAUGGGCCCGAGUGAAAGGUAAACAAGGAAUUCUUGUUUUAUCUGACUUGAUUGGUCUUUUGACCAACUUACAAGGGAAUCAUGGUAAGGAUAUUUCGAUAUCUUGGUUACUUAAGGAGUUAAGAAUAUUGGAGGCAUCUUUUCAAAGGUGCACGAUUUUGAAGGUACAGCGUGAUCAAGUCCAAAAGGCGAACGACAUUGCUAGGAAAUGUCGGACUAAUCUUUUGACUCUGUUGUAG